CCAUGAUCGAAAAUCGUUCGGAGAGUGGACGGUGCGCCAGGAUGCGACGCUAUCCGCUCGUCGAUCCUACGCGCCACGUGGCUAGGAGCCUGUCCUUUUGGAUCGUCGUCAUCAGCAUCGUACGGGGCAACGGCGCUUCGUACGAGAUGCAGGGUCCAACGUUCGUGUCGGAGCCGCCAUCGCGGGUCGAGUUCACGAACGUGAAUGGCGGCCGCGUGGACUGCAUAGUCAGAGGAAAUCCGGCGGCCACCGUCGACUGGCUGACAGCGGACGGUGGCAGCAUAACGAGUAUCCCCGGAAUCAGACACGUCCUUGGCAACGGGACGAUCCACUUUCCUGGUUUCGAGGCGGAGGUGUUCCGGCAGGACGUCCACUGGGCCAUUUAUAAGUGUUCCGCCGUCAACAGCGUCGGCGCCAUCGUUAGCAGAGACGUCACUGUCAGAGCAGUGGUGAACCAGCGUUACGAUCCGGAAGUGCAAUGUCCCGGCGGUUUCCCUGGAAACAACGUACUUAUGAGAUGCAACGUUCCCAGUUUCGUUCGCGACCACGUCACCAUCACGUCUUGGCUUCAGGAGCCGUCGUUCAACAUCUAUCCGUCCACGAUGGGAGAUGGGAAGUAUCACAUGCUUUCGAGCGGCGAGCUGAUGAUACUGAAUAUCACGCGGGAGGACGCGGACCAAACUUAUCGGUGCAGGACGCAUCAUCGUCUGACGCAGGAUACGGUCGUCAGCAGCAACGUUGGGAGGCUUCAAUUGACUGAGACACGGAGCUCCAUGCCGCCGAUGAUAAACGAGAAGGUGGUUUAUAUGUCGGCGCGCUUGAAAGACACCAUUGUGAUACCAUGCGUCGCCUAUGGAAAUCCCACACCUGCCAACAGAUGGUAUUACAAUAGAAAUCAGAGGGAGGAGCCGAUCGAGGACACGUCGGGUCAUUACAUGGUGCGAGACGGUUCGUUGAUCGUUCAAGGCGUUCAGGAGAGCGACGCUGGGUCGUACAUGUGCACCGCCAGUAAUUCCGAGGGCAGCGAAUCCAUGGAAGUGAGGCUAACGGUAUCUGCGCCAUUGAGCGUGCACGUUCAACCCUCGAUUCAGACCGUCGAUCUUGGAAAAGCCGCUCACUUGACGUGCAGCGCCAGUGGAUUUCCGCAGGCGGCGCUUUACUGGUUGAAGGACGGUCAGGCAUUGAGAACGGACGCUCGCAUAAGGGCGGUUACCAGGGAACGUAUUUCCGUGAUGUCGGUUGCACGGGAGGAUCGCGGCAUGUACCAGUGCUUUGUGAGGAACGAGUAUGAAAUGGCUCAAGGAAUUGCGGAAUUGCGGCUCGGUGAGAUCGCGCCGCAGCUGGUGUACAGGUUCAUCGAACAGACGAUGCAAACCGGCCCGUCGGUUUCCCUGAAAUGCAGCGCCGCGGGUAAUCCCACGCCGCAAAUUUCCUGGCUGCUGGAUGGAUUUCCGCUUCCGCAAAACGACAGGCUGCUGAUUGGCCAGUACGUGACUGUGUACGGGGACGUGAUAUCGCACGUCAACAUCUCGUCGGUGAAGUCCGAAGACGGGGGCGAGUACGAGUGCAUCGCCAGUAGCCGCGCGGGGGAGGCGAGCCACUCGGCGAGGCUCAAUAUUUACGGCCUGCCAUACGUCAGACCCAUGUCCACGGUAUCGGCGGUCGCUGGGAAACAGUUCCACAUCAAAUGUCCGGUCGCCGGGUAUCCCAUUGAAUCGAUAAUUUGGGAGAAAGAUGGGGUGAGGCUGCCCACCAACAUGAGACAAAGAGUCGCGAACGGUAGUCUGUUGAUCGACACCGUGCAACGGGCGGCCGAUCAGGGCACGUACACGUGCACUGCCAGGAACAAGCAUAACUUCACUUCGCAACGAUCGGUCGAAGUGCGGGUCCUAGUUCCACCGCGGAUCUCGCCGUUUUAUUUCGAGAACGGUGUGACGGAGGGGAUGAGGACACAGCUAAUGUGUGCCACGAGCCAGGGUGACCAGCCGUUCAACAUCACCUGGUUAAUGGACGACAGACCGAUACAGGUCAGGCCGGGUGACGGCGGCUCGGCGUCGUCUUCGUCGGGCGGAUCCAACGCGGCCGUCGUCGAGACGGGCAACAACAUACAGAUAAGCGACUAUUCGCCGUUUUCCAGCAUCCUGACGAUAAAUAACGUCAGCGCUAGGCACAGCGGGAACUACACGUGCCAGAUCAGCAACGUCGCUGGCCUGGCCGAAUACUCGAUCAGCCUCUCCGUUGCUGUGCCGCCGCGAUGGACGGUGGAACCUAUCGACCAGAACGCCGUUGUAGGUCACGGCGUCUCCAUCUCCUGUCAGGCUAAAGGAUUCCCCAUUCCGACUGUGACUUGGAAGCAAUCGAUCGGCGAAACUCCAGGCGACUACAGAGAACUGGGAUACAGCGGCACGGAGGGAGCCGGGGUUGCCGAGAACGGGUCCUUGGCGAUCCCACGAGUAUCCAGAGAUCACGCCGGGUUCUAUCUGUGCCAGGCGAGCAACGGCAUUGGCCCCGGCCUCAGCAAGCUCAUUCGGCUAACAGUUCAUGCGGGCCCUCAGAUAUCGGUGAAAACGAGACAGGAGUCGGUGCGACGAGGGGAGAGCGUGACUCUACGCUGCGAGGCCGAAGGAGAUGCUCCUCUUGAUCUGAGCUGGCGUGCACGUGACAGCAGAGUCGAUCCCAACUACGAUGUUAGGUACAACAUAGAUAACACGAAGUCGUCGGAUCGCGUAAUCUCCGAUCUGCGGAUCAUCCAGGCGAAUAACAUCGACAGCGGCGACUACGUGUGCGUCGCGACGAACGCGUACGGUCACGCCAGGGCGACGAUCCACUUGCUGGUCCAGGAACCACCGAAUUUCCCACGGAACGUACACGUGUCCAACCAGGGCAGCCGGUCUCUGACGUUGGCCUGGUCGUCGCCGUCCAGCGAGCAGGAUCCAGCGCACGCCAGCUCGCCCAUCACCAACUACAUCGUCCAGUACAAGGAGGCCCAAGACGUGUGGCAUGAGCACAACACGCAGAAGAUGGUGGCAGGGGACAACACGGUCGCGCUGAUAUCGCCUCUAAAACCGGCGACUUCCUACCACUUUCGGGUGCUUGCGGAAAAUCAUCUUGGAACAUCAGCGCCAAGCGACAUCCUUCAUACCCAAACGGACGGCGAGAUACCGGGUGGACCGCCGAAACACGUCACCGCCGAGCCCAUCGGACCCCAGCAAGUGAAGGUGACCUGGCAACCACCGGAUCGAUCCCUCUGGAACGGCGAACUUCUCGGAUACACCAUCAGCUACGCCAAUCUCGGAGGGAAUGAUCAAUCGGUGAACAUCACGAGAGUGGGAAUCACUGGAAACGGGGACGGAUCCUACGAUUACAGCCUAACCGGCCUUCGAAAGUACACCCAGUACAGCGUCGUGGUGAAGGCGUUCAAUAAUAAAGGCGACGGCCCAGGAUCUGACUCAGUCACUGUCCAGACCCUCGAAGACGUUCCAAGCGCCCCGCCGCAGAACGUGGCCUGCGCCGCGCUGACCGGGCAGAACAUCCAAGUGACCUGGAAACCGCCGCCUUCCGACAAAGUUCACGGGGUCGUGCAAGGCUACAAGUUGCUGUACGAGGCGGCCAGCGCGGUUCUGGAACAGCAGGCGGGCAGAGAGACGAAAAUCAGCUACGCGUUGAGCACGGUGCUCCAUGGACUAAGCCCGUACACCAAUUACACGGUGCAGGUGCUCGCCUACACCAGGGCGGGCGACGGCGUCACCAGCAGUCCGGUCUCCUGCACCACCGAAGAAACUGUUCCGGACGCACCGGACCGUGUGAAGGCCGUAACCAGCAACGAGGACGCGGUGGUGAUAUCCUGGCUGCCGCCGCGACGGCCGAACGGCGUCCUCACCAAAUACACCGUUUACAUUCGGGUGUUGGACCAGGGCCAGGAGGUGAAGACCACUAAGAGCUCGCUGCCUGCGCAGAACUUGCACCACGAGGCGACGGGGCUGAAACUGCGCGAGUCCUACGAGGCCUGGGUUACGGCCUCGACCAAAGUGGGGCAAGGACCUAGCACUCCGGUCAUCAAACUUCAGCUGAGCAAUACCGUUCCAGCAGCCAUAAUAUCGUUCGGAGUGCCGCUCGUGGUGCCGUGGAGGGUGGACGUCAAUAUGGCCUGUCUCGCCGUCGGUAAUCCACGACCGACGGUGGAAUGGCGUCGCGGCGACGUCAAGCUGCAGCAGAAAUCCGACAUCGGGCCAGACAACGCGCUCACGCUGAGGAACGUGCAGAGAACCCACGAGGGCAACUAUUCCUGCCACGUGAAGAAUCCCCUCGGUUCGGACGAAAUCGCGUACACCCUACAAGUUCAAGUGCCGCCAACGCCGCCGACUUUGCUGGCAACGGGCACCACAACGGAUGCUGUGCAGCUUCAGUGGAAACAGGGCGACAAUGGCGGUGCCCCCAUAAAGGGAUUCCUGUUGGCUUAUCGUCGCGAGUUCUCCGAAUGGGAGGAGGUGAUGCUGGAUCGCAAAGCGAGCACGCACCUGCUGGAGGGCUUGCAGUGCGGGACCAGGUACCAGUUCACCCUGGCGGCCUUCAACAGGAUCGGUAGCGGAAGCGCGAGCAAAAUCGAGACGGCCAAGACGAACGGCACGAAGCCCGUUCCUCCUUCGAAGCACCAGCUGAUCAAGGUGAACCAGACGUUCGUUACCUUGGAGCUGGCGGCCUGGCAGGACGGUGGAUGCCCCCUAUUGUACUUCGUCGUUGAAUAUAGGAGGCUUCCUGGCGAUUGGCUACUGGUGUCGAACAACGUGCCACCGCAGACGAGAUUUCCGAUCGUGGACCUGGAGAGCGGCACCAAGUACGAGCUCCGGGUGACAGCUUACAACAACGCCGGGUCCACGCAGGCCGAGUACCUGUUCAGCACGCUAUCGCCGAGCAGCCGCAAUCGAAUGCACGACGAGCAUCCACCGGAAACCGAGGAGACCUCUCUGUUCUUCGACGCCCAUGUGCUAGCACCCAGCGUCAUCUCCCUUCUGGCCGUGUUCCUGGCGGUGGCUGGCGUCUGCUUCUGCCUGAAAACGCAUGCAGAACGAGCCGGCCGCGCGAACGAUCCGAAUUCGCAAACUCAGGCGGCCCUGGAGAACAAGCACAAUAUGGAGCAGAGGGAACAGUACUACGCAACGGUGAGGAAGCCUGGCCAGCAGUCGCCCUGUCGCGAGGUGAGCGCGCUGGAAAGAAUUCCCGAAUAUUCCGAAGACAUUUAUCCGUACGCCACCUUCAAUCUGCCUGAGCAGGAAAACCUCUCGGCGAACCCGAUACGACAGGCUUUCUACUACGAACGCAGCGAAACGAUGCUGCAGGGCAAUCAGUGCGAUAUGGACCAGUACACGAAGGUGCGGGGCAGAGCGCGACGCAAGUCCAAGUCCUUCAAAUCGGAAUCGGAGGAGUACGACACCCUCGGCUCCGACAGCGACACCGAGGUCGGUAACAGCAGUCGCACCGAGUCCUCGAACCACCUGGACGACUCCGGGCCAGCGUCGAUAAUGACGCGAUCGCCCGGGCCGAACUCGAUCGGGCAGAGGGAGCAACGACUAGCCCUGGUCCCGAGGCCGGUUCAUCAUAAUGUGCUGUACCACACGCACGAAUCAAGUACAUCAACCGAGCCGUCACCAAUUUCUGAGAGGAAGACCUUCCCGAGGCUCGAGAAGCAAAGGAAUCAUGGAGCAACGCCCGACAUUGGGAUCGACGGUCGCGUGCCGGGUAUCCUGCGUCCCGUGUUGAAGCUCUCGGAAUCCGGGAUGCAUUCGUACUCGAGGGGAGCAUCGCCGAGCCGACCGGCGAGGCCUGGCUCCUGCGACAGGCUGGUAAGGGCACCGAGCCCGAGGAAAUCCAUGGAGUCGUUGUGCCUGUUGGAGGAGCCAGGUUCCUCCAGGAUGGUGAGAAGGGAGGAGGACUGGGGCAGCGAGCUGUCUACGUUGGAACUGAAACCGCCGACAGGUUUCACGGACGCGCACGAGACCAGCGAGGCCGAGUGCGACAUCGACAUGAAGCUGAAGCUCCACAGGAAGAGGACGGGUUUUCCUUCUAACUCGCUCUCGAAAUCGCCUAAAGACUUCACUAUCACUGUCUAA